UGUUACACAAUUCACGACUCUCCCUUCUUCUACCCCUAGGGUUUUGCUUGUCCCUCUACCUGCCUGCCUGCCCUUUUAUUCAAGGUAAAGGAGGUCAAUUUGUUGGUUUUCAACGCUAACAGCAAUUUUGUAUCUCAAAGUUGUGGAUCAAAAUGCUUUAUUUCCGGAUGUAAAUGCAUUUUAGCCCUGGAAAUGAGAUUUCAGGAAGCCUGUGCUUGAUGGACUGCUUACGCAGUAGCAGUGACAAGAAGACAUUGAAGCGGUGGUUUUUCAUUGAUAAGAGAGUUGGAUAAAAGGUUACUAAUUUUGGUGGUUUAGGAUAGUACACUUAAUUUCUAGCUGCAAAACCUUGACAGUUUUCUGAAUUGACGAUGGACUUGAAGUCUUCAAAAGCUUCUCCUGUUCUUACUGAUCCUGUUCCCAUAGACAAGUCUAGAUUGGGUAUCCGAGGUGUCUUGCCUUAUGCUCAAUCAGGACCAUCAUUCUCAACUAGUGUGCUAGCCAUCCCGAGAAGGAAGCCAGGAAAGCUUGAUGAUGUUCGUUCUAAUGGUUGGCUAGAUGCCAUGAAAUCUUCUUCACCCCCUCGGAAAAAGAUUAUGAAGGAUGUUAAUGUGGAGGUUGUUUUGGAUGAUGGUGAUGCAGCUUAUGAUUCCUGGAUGAGGAAGUAUCCAUCAGCGCUCAAGUCCUUUGGAAAAAUUAUGAAUUCUGCAAAGAAUAGGAGGAUAGUCAUAUUUUUAGAUUAUGAUGGAACCCUUUCUCCAAUUGUGGAUGACCCUGAUCGUGCUUUUAUGUCUGCUGAUAUGCGUUCAGCUGUUAAAAGUGUUGCAACGUAUUUCCCUACAGCCAUUAUCAGUGGAAGAAGCCGUGACAAGGUUUAUGAAUUGGUAGGACUAACAGAACUUUAUUAUGCUGGUAGUCAUGGCAUGGACAUCAUGCUCCCAGACAGAGAUACAGAGCCCACUAACCACUCUGGUUGUAUUAAAUCGACUGACCUGCUGGACAAGGAGGUUAAUCUCUUCCAGCCUGCAAGUGAAUUUCUACCCAUGAUUGAUGAGGUUUUUAGAACCCUUGUCGAGAAUACUAAAGAUAUUAAAGGUGCAAAAGUUGAGAACCACAAGUUCUGCACCUCUGUACAUUACCGCAACGUAGAUGAGAAGAGUUGGCCUAUCAUUGCACAACGGGUGCAUGAUAUCCUCAACAGUUACCCUAGAUUACGACUAACUCAUGGACGGAAGGUUUUAGAGGUUCGUCCAGUGAUCGACUGGGAUAAAGGGAAAGCAGUUGAGUUUCUUCUUGAAUCUUUGGGGCUUAGUAAUAGUCCUGAUGUGCUUUCCAUCUAUAUUGGGGAUGAUAGAACGGAUGAAGAUGCUUUCAAGGUUUUGCGAUCUGAAAGCCGAGGAUAUGGAAUCAUAGUAUCUGCAGUUCCUAAAGAAACCAACGCUUUCUUUUCACUCAGGGAUCCUUCAGAGGUGAAAAAGUUCCUCGAGGCUCUUGUGAGAAUGAAGGAACAGGGUGAUCUAUAAAUAAAGAUCUACAUUAGAAUGGAUUCAUGAAGUAGGUUAUUCAAAGUCUCUGUCAAGCAUCUUAAGAGAAGCUACAGGAACAAGGAUUUUAUUUAGGUUCUCAGUAAUCAUUAUUUGAAUCAUUGAUUGUCUUGGAAUUUUGCCAUGCAUCCUGUAAAGCUUGAAGUUUUUCCUAUUUCGAUAUUGGUUCUGUUCAGAAACAAAGGGACCAUGCCCCUCCAAAGAGUUAUUUCUGUUUUGUUUCUUUGGUUGUGAAAUCUUAUCCUGUUGAUUAGAGUGGAAACUUACGCGGA